CACGUCGGUGUGAGGAGCAGGGGGAAAGAGUCAAGUAGAAGCAACAGGAACAAAGUUGUGGGACCUGGCUCCGCAGUUUUUGCGCUGUUCGCCCGUAAAAUGUAACGACCGUGUCUUCCAAGACACUUCUUUAGGAACAUGGUGGCUGUCCGCGUCUCCGCGUUGCAGGAAGGCGUCCUCUGAAGCGUUUUUGUGGCACAUUGCGGAGCGUGGAUGCGGAGGACGGGUCACUUUAACUCAGUCACCUCGUUAGCUAGUCAGUUAAAACCGUAGAAAUGCCUUAAACCAACCGGGACGUGUCGCUUCUCCAACCGGUUCAACUUUGCAGAGCGUCUCGCUGAAGUUUCGCCUCCGCGCGCGUCACGUUUUGCGGGAACGCGGCUCCCGGCCGCUCGCUGACAGCAGAGGCCACACGACUUCAACCAAGCUCACUUUGGAUCCCUCCGCUACCAUGGCAUCACACAGUGACAUCGCAGAGGGAGGAGCCAAUGAAGAAUUCAGUGAUAUCAUUAAAUGCAGAUCUGAUGAACAUGAUGCGGUACAGAAGAAAACCUUCACCAAGUGGAUAAAUGCACAGUUCUCCAAGACGGGAAAGACGCCCAUCAAAGAUAUGUUCUCGGACCUGAGGGACGGCAGGAAGCUGCUGGACCUGCUGGAGGGUCUCACUGGCUCCAUUUUGACCAAAGAGCGAGGUUCCACCCGAGUGCACUCCCUCAACAACGUCAACAAAGUACUUCAAGUCCUGCAUCAAAAUAAUGUGGAUCUAGUAAACAUAGGAGGGACAGAUAUAGUGGAUGGGAACCACAAACUGACCCUGGGCCUGAUUUGGAAUAUUAUACUGCACUGGCAGGUGAAAGACGUCAUGAAGGAUAUCAUGUCCAACCUGCAUCAGACCAACAGUGAAAAGAUCUUACUGAGCUGGGUGCGACAGUGCACGCACUCAUACCCAGAAGUCAAUGUGCUCAACUUUACCACCAGCUGGACUGACGGCCUGGCUCUUAACAGCAUCCUGCACCACUUCAGGCCAAACGCCUUCAGCUGGGAUCAGGUGCUGAGACUGAGCCCUGUGGAAAGACUUGACCAUGCCUUCAGUGUAGCCAAGGAUCAGCUGGCUAUAGAGCGGCUACUGGAUCCUGAAGACGUGGCGGUUCAGUUGCCAGAUAAGAAGUCCAUCAUCAUGUACGUGACAUCGCUGUUCGCUGUGCUGCCCAAAGACGUGAGCAUGGAGGCAAUCAGAGAAGUGGAGACGCUGCCGCGCAAAUUCAGAGUGGAGGCUGAGGGCGCAGGGCUCAGUGCUCAGAACGUGCAGGUGGAGGAGGAGGGUAGCAGCCCCCGACCUGAGACCCCAAGCACCCUGACGGAGCCAGAGGUGGACAUGGAAGGCAAUCUGCUGGAGGUGGACCUGGACAGCUACCAGACAACACUGGAAGAAGUUCUGACCUGGCUCCUUUCGGCCGAGGAUACGCUACAUGUUCAGGAUGAGGUGUCGGAUGAUGUGGAAGACGUCAAAGAGCAGUUCCACACACACGAGGGCUUUAUGAUGGAGCUGACAGCACAUCAGAGCAGUGUGGGUAACGUGCUGCAAGCCGGCAACCAGCUGAUCGCCCAGGGAAACCUGACAGAGGAGGAAGAGGAGGAAAUCAGAGAGCAGAUGAGCCUCCUGAACUCCCGCUGGGAGAGCCUCCGAGUGGCCAGCAUGGAUCGUCAGGCCAGGCUUCAUGAGGUCCUGAUGGAUCUUCAGCAGCAGCAGUUACAGCAACUCUCCGACUGGCUGACGCAGACUGAGGAGCGAAUCAGGAAGAUCGAGCUGGAACCGGCAGCUAAAGAUCUGGAGGUCUACCAAGAACGCAUAGAGCAGCACAAAGAGCUUCAAAACGACCUGGAAGCGGAGCAGGUGAAGGUCAACUCUCUGACUCACAUGGUGGUUGUGGUGGACGAGAACAGUGGUGAGAGUGCCACCGCUGUCUUGGAGGAGCAGCUACAGUCUUUGGGGGAACGCUGGGCCGCUGUGUGUCGCUGGACGGAGGAGAGGUGGCACAAGCUGCAGGACGUUUUGACGGUGUGGCAACAGCUUCUGUCAGACCAGGGUUUAUUUAGUGUGUGGUUGGCAGAAAAAGAGGAGGCCUUGGGUGAAGUACAGACCAGCAACUUUAAAGACCCAAGCGAAAUGAAUACUAACGUGCGCCAAUUAGCAAGUUUAAAAGAAGACAUGGAAAAGAAGCGAAGGACUUUAGACCAGCUGUCUGAUGCAGGACACGACGUGAUCGCGCUGCUGCACAGCACUGAGGCGGGAGCCAAGAUCGAGGCGGACACAGAGGAGUUGGCCCGUAGGUGGGACAACCUGGUUCAACAGUUAGAGGACCGCUCCUUCCAGGUAAUGGAGGCUGUGGCCAAUACUGGGAUGACUCAGGUGGUAGAAGAGGUUUUCGUGGAUUCGGUCGCCGUGACUGCAGCUGCUUCGACCCCUGAUCAAGAGUUGGCACCACCUGCUCCCCCUAAGAAACGACUGGUGGAGACAGAUGCAGAGGUUAAACGAAUGUUUGAAAAUAAACUUUCUGAUGUUCUGACUUGGAUUAAAACAUGGAAGCUGUCCACUCAGACACUGGCCUCCACACACCCUGAGACUACACCUGACAUGCCAGAUGUGCCAGAUGUGCAAGCUAAGCUGAAGGGUUUGGAGUUGGACCUCACAGCAAAGGAAUCCACAGUUAGUCAAGUGGUGCAGGAAGGGCGGGUCUUGAUGGACCAGAUGGAGAGAGAAGGAGUAAAUGUAGAUUCAGCGAGGGCCGACAUAGACCUGGUCCAGACCGAGUGGGAUGGAUGUGCGAGGGAGCUGCACGCAGCCCGGGAGCGUGUUCACAUCCAGAGCCGAGUCAGAGCUGUGUCUGCAGAGCUGGCAGCCCUGGACGGGCUCUUGUUGGAACAAGACCAGUGGCUAGAUUCAACCUCAGCUGUCCAAAAGUGUGAGAAGGCCCGGCUCAGGAACCUGAGCGAAGAAAGUCAGUGCCGGCUAGUCCGGGUCACUGCUCUGAGUUCACAGCUGGAGCAGCUGUCUGCGGAGGCGGUGUCACUGGGAGCCACGCCUUCUCUAAGAGACAACGUGGUGGUGGUAUCGGCACAUCAUGCCUCCACGCUGCAGCGGCUACAGAGCAAAGAACAAGAAGUCAAUAAAGUUCUGGCUGAGCUCGAGUUGCCGAGCCCGGUGGAGGGUCUGGAGGCAAGGCUGGCUAAUCUGACAGAAGGAGUAGUGGAUAUUACUACAGCUGAGGAGGCAAUGGAGCGCACACAGGCGCUGUGUCUAGAUAUUGAGCAAACACAGCAGGCUUCAGAUUCUGCAGAACUUCAGAGAUGGAGCCAGCUCUCAUCCGGGGCCCGCGAGGUGCUGGGCACACUGCAGUGCAUUCUGGGUAGCAUGAAGGACACUCAGGUGCAAUUGGUAGAAGUUGAACGUUGGUUGGAUGCUGUCCAGGAGCUGUUGUGUCAAGAUGGCACAGGGUUGGGCGAUACAGAGAGUCUGCAGGAAGAGCUUAACCAGUGCAAGGAGUAUGUGAAUGAGAUGGAGUCAGUGGAAGGUGCAUUGAAGCAGAUGGCAGAUAAUGUGAGUGCUGUACAGGCAGCUGCAGUCCCACAACUGGACAAAUGGGGCCAGGAAACGUUGGACAAGUGCAGGGGCAGAUGGGACACACUUAGCAACCAGCUGAUGAACCAUCAAGAGCGUAUGGCAGAAAGUCAGGAGAAGCAGGUGAAUCUGAGGAAGGACUUGGCAGAGAUGCAGGAGUGGAUGACCCAGGUCGAUGAGGAGUUUCUAAUGAGGGACUUUGAGUACAAGAGUCCUGAGGAGCUGCAGGCGUCGCUGGAAGAGAUGAAGAGGGCUAAAGAGGAUGUGAUACAGAAGGAGGUGAAGGUGAAGAUCCUGAAAGACAGCAUCAACAUGUUGGUGUCCAGAACAUUGCCCCCUGGUGGAGGCAGCGGGCGGGCGCUGACGGCAGAACUAGAUGGAGUACUGGCCAAUUACAACAAGCUCUGUGACCGCUUCAAGAGCAAGUGUCACACUCUGGAGGAGGUUUGGUCAUGCUGGAUGGAGUUGCUCCAGUACCUGGACAUGGAGCAGAGUUGGCUCCACACUGUGGAAGACAAGGUCCAAGCCACCGAGAGCCUACCGGAGAGCACGGAGGCUGCCAGUGCAGCUCUGGAGUCUUUGGAGAGUGUGCUUCGCCACCCUGGGGACAACCGGACACAAAUCAGGGAGCUGGGUCAGACACUGAUUGACGGAGGCAUACUUGAUGAACUCAUUAGUGAGAAACUAGAGGCCUUCAAUUCUCGCUAUGAGCAGCUCAACCACCAGGCGGUGAACCGACAGAUCAGCCUUGAACAGAAGCUGCAGACGCUAAAGGAGAACGAACAGGCGCUCCAAACGCUGCAGGAGUCUCUGAGCCAGCUGGACCACACGCUCACGUCCUACCUCACUGAUCGCAUAGACGCCUUUCAGCUCCCACAGGAGGCGCAGACCAUCGGGGCAGAGAUCGCAGCCCAUGAGGUAACGGUGGAGGAGAUGAGAAGGAGAAACGUUGCCAACUUGCCUCCUCCGUCCGCUGAUGGAAAGGCAGCCCGUGGUGGGACCAUGCUGGACCAACUGCAGAGGAAACUGAGGGAGAUCACCACUAAAUACCAGCUGUUCCAGAAGCCUGCUAACUUUGAGCAGCGCAUGUUGGACUGUAAGAGGGUCCUGGAUGGUGCCAAAGCCGAGUUGCACAUCCUGGAUGUCAGGGAAGUGGAGCCUGAAAGAAUUCAGUCCCAUCUCAAUGGAUGCAUGAAAUUGUACAAAUUGCUUAGUGAGGUGAAGCUGGAGGUGGAGACUGUGAUAAAAACAGGUCGCCAGAUUGUGCAGAAACAGCAAACAGAGAACCCCAAGGCCAUGGAUGAGCAGCUCACAGCUCUCAAGUUGCUUUACAAUGACCUUGGAGCACAGGUCACCGAGGGCAAGCAGGACCUGGAAAAAGCCUUGUCCCUCUCGCAAAAGUUUCAGAAGGAGAGUGGCGGCCUACAAGACUGGCUGAGCACCAACGAGGCUCAGCUUCAGCAGAAGAACAGCUGUGGAGACAUGCCAGCGGACAUUGAUGCUGAGAUAGCAUGGGCUAACGGCCUCCUUAAGGAGUCCGAGCGUCGUAAGGUGGAGCUGUCCGGCCUGACGGAGACGAGUGCCGGCCUGCAGACGCUGGUGGAGGGCAGCGAGGCUCAGCUAGAGGAGCGACUGUGUGGCCUCAACGAAGCGUGGGGCCGUGUCCGCACCUGGACUGAGGACUGGCUCAGUGCUGUGCUGAGUCACCAGAAUGAAGUGGAGAUCUUUGACGAGAACUUGGCUCACAUCAGCACCUGGCUCUACCAGACCCAGAUCCACCUGGACGAGGCUGAGCGGCUGAGCCCAGCAGAGAAGGAGAAGGUGGUACAGAGCAUGCUGGAGGAGCUGGAGGACAUCGGCCUGCGUGUGGACAAUGUGAGGGACCAGGCCACCAUCCUCAUGACCAGCAGGGGCCCCGCCUGCAGGGAUGUGGUGGAACCCAAACUGUCUGAGCUCAACUGCAACUUUGACAAAGUGUCCCAACAUAUCAAAACUGCCAAGAUGAUGAUCAGUCUGGAGACAAGUGGUCUUGAACUGAGCCAACAAGCACCUCAGCAGGUCAUUCACAGCCAGGAUGCUGGAGCUGGGACUCAGAGUGAGACUCGUCGUGCUGAAGCUUCAGUCCCCUGUGAGGUGAAAACCCUUCAGACAGAACUCCAGGACACACUGAGGACUCUGCAGCUGCAGCAGCAAGACCCAGUCAAUGUCCUGGAUGAUGACAAGAUGGAUGAGGAGAAGGCCAGCGUGGAAGACUUGAUGAGAAGAGGCGAAGAACUCCUGCAGCAAACUUCAGACGAGAGCCAGAAGGAGGAGCUGAGACUUCUGCUGCUGCAUCUGCAGAGCCAGUAUUCUGCUCACAGGGAGCUGCGGGUGCUGCGAAUCAGGCAGCAAGCGUCAUCAUCAUCUCUCACCUUCACAGAGCAAAUAAGAGAGGUUUCAGCCGAGGAGAUGUCAGCUGUGGUGCGUAGCAGUGCUCCUUUCCUGAGCUCCUCUGACUACCUGUUGGACAUCAACAAAGUGCUCCUCGCCAUGGCUGACAACGAGUUGCUCCUGAACUCCUCUGAGCUCAGUGGGGGGCGCUACGAAGACUUCUCCAGUCAGGAUGACACACUGAAGAACAUCAAAGACAACCUGGAACGUCUGAGUGAGCAAAUCGCAGGGAUCCACGAGCGCCAGCCCGACGUCAUUCGGAACGCUUCGCCUGCUGAAGUGGCUCAGAUCGGAGAUGCUCUCACGCAGCUGAAUGCCGAGUGGGACCGCCUCAACCGCGUGUACAGCCACCGCAAAGGGGGUUUUGACUGUGCACUAGAGGAGUGGAGGCAGUUCCACUGUGACAUGAACGACGUGAACCAGUGGCUGACGGAGACAGAGAUGCUGCUUUCUCACACCGUUGGCCCUGACGGACAGUUAGACCUGAACUCUACCCGACAACAUCAGGAGGAACUUGAGGAAGGCCUUGCUAGUCACCAACCAGUCCUGGCUAUGCUGAACCGCACCGGAGAGCAGAUCAUUGGGCAGCUGGCGUCUCCUGAUGGUCUUCUUCUUGAAGAGAAGCUACAUAGUCUGGGCCAGCGUUGGAGAUCUGUCAGACAACAGGUUCUGGAAAGACAGCACAGGCUCGCUGGAGGGGACCAGGCCCUGUCAGAGCUGGUGAGGAGACGCGAGGAGCUGGCUCUGUGGCUGCAACAGGCAGAAAAUACUGUCAGCUCUUUACCUAUCGCCGCCACCGACAACAACCUCAGAGAACUCAAGGCUCUUGCUGAAGAAAUGGACGCACAGAAUGAGCGUCUUGGCUGGUUGAACAAGCACGCUCCUCAGAUCCUGGCCAGUCCCGGUGUCAGCCCCCAGAGCAGAGAACAGCAUGUUAGCAAGCUAAGAGCCAUCAACCUCAACUGGAGCAGGGUGACACAUGAUUUGUUGGACAAGGUGAGGGAGGUGGAGGCCAACCUGCAGGGUCACUCCGACUUCCAGGACAGAAUGAACAGGCUCACUGACUGGGUCGUCAUCACCCACCAAACGAUCGUGACGAGAGGCCUGAACUCCGGCCAAGCACAGGCUCUGGAGGCCUCUAUGAGGGACAGGAAGAAGGACCUGGAAGAAUUGUUGGCUCAUUCGAUUGAGCUGCAGAGACGACAGCAGCUGCUGCCUCAGGAGAAGAGUAAAGUAGAACAGCUGGCAGCCGAAUGGAAAGUCCUGGAUAGUCGACUGAGAGAAUCCCUCCAGCCUCCCGUCUCUCCAUGGACACAGCACCAGCAGGUUGUCAAGCACCAGCAACUAGUCCAGCACCAGCAACUAGUCCAGCACCAGCAACUAGUCCAGCACCAGCAACUUGUCCAGCACCAGCAACUUGUCCAGCACCAGCAGCUUGCAUCUCCCGUUCCCUCGGCCGUGCAGAUGGCCAGCUUGGUGAGCGAGGACCCGCACCACCAAACUCCGCACACACCGGACAACGUGGCCCCCACCGACCUCAACGAGAUGGCCACUGAGCUGGCAGACUGGCUCCUGCUCAUCACGCAGAUGCUCAAGUCUAAUAUUGUCACUGUGGGGGACACAGAGGAAAUCAGGACCACUAUGGGGCGUCUUCAGAUGACAAAAAGUGACCUGGAGCAGCGUCAUCCACAGCUAGAGGACAUAUUCACCCUGGCACAGAAUAUCAAAAACAAAACCUCUAAUCUGGAUGUUCGCACCUCAAUUACUGAGAAGUUGGAGAAGGUUCGCAGCCAGUGGGACAGCACUCAGCAUGGCGUGGAGGCACGGCUCCUGCAGCUGGAUAACAUGAUUGGAGACAGCAACCAGUGGGAGGAACAGAGAAAGGAGGUGAACGCCCUCAUCGUGCACAGCGAAGGACGCCUCCACAACCUUCUUCAGCAGUCCAGAGAUCCCCUGACGAAACAGCUUGCUGACAACAAGGCGUUCCUCCAGGACCUGGGCCGGGGCCAGGCUGCAGUCGCGGCCUUCAACGAACUGUCCAAUCAUCUGCUGCGGGAAUAUUCUGCUGAUGACACCAGGAGGAUCAAAGAGGUUGCAGACAAACACAAUGUUGCCUGGAACAGCAUCAACAACAGGGCCGGUGACCGCAAUGCACAGCUGGAGGGAGACCUCAAGGGCCUGCAGAUGUCUCUCAGGGAGCUGGAGACUUUCCUCAAGUGGCUCCAGGAGGCAGAGACUACAGUCAACGUUCUGGCCGAUGCCUCUCAGAGGGAAGAUCUGUCGCAGGACUCUGCCCAUGCGAAGGAACUGAGGCGGCAACUGGAGGACAUCCAGGCUGAGAUCGAUGCCCACAACGACAUCUACAAGAGUGUGGAGGGAAAUAAGUCGAAGAUGGUCAAGGCUCUGGGCAGCUCCGAUGAAGCUGUGUUCCUCCAGCACAGGCUGGACGACAUGAACCAACGCUGGAGUGACUUGAAAGCUAAAUCAGCCAACAUCCGGGCCCAUCUGGAGGCAAGUGCCGAGCGCUGGUCCCGUCUGCUGGGCCUCCUGGAGGAGCUGUGGAGGUGGAUCUGCAUGAAGGACGAGGAGCUGGCCAAGCAGAUGCCCAUCGGUGGAGACGUGCCCACCCUGCUGCAGCAGCAGAACCACUGCACGCUGCUGCGGUCGGAGCUGAAGGAGCGUGAACACUUGGUGAACAGCACCUUGGAGCAGGCCAGGAUGUUUCUCGCUGACCAGCCCAUCGAGGGGCCGGGGGAGCCACGCAAGAACCUGCAGCCCAAGACCGACCUCACCCCAGAGGAGAAGGCCCGGGGUUUGGCCCGCGCCAUCCUCAAGCAGACCGGCGAGGUGAGGGAGCGGUGGGAGCGCCUCAGAGGACACGUGGGCUGCUGGCAGAACCAGGUGGAACGGGCCCUGGAGCGGCUUCAGGAGCUGCAGAGCUCCAUGGACCAGCUCGACCUGCGGCUCACCCAGGCCGAGGAGGCCAAAGCCGGCUGGCAGCCCGUGGGGGACCUGCUGAUCGACUCCCUGCAGGACCACAUCGAUAAGACCGUGGCCUUCAGGGAGGAGGUGGCGCCGCUACGCCAGGACGUGCGCGUGGUCAACGAGCUUUCCGCGGAUCUGACGCCGCUGGACAUCCAGCUGUCGUCCACCGCCUCCAGGCAACUGGACCAGCUCAACAUGAGAUGGAAGCUGCUCCAGGUGGCGGUCGAGGACAGGCUGAAGCUGCUGCAGGAAGCCCACCGAGACUUUGGGCCCUCUUCCCAACAUUUCCUCUCAACUUCUGUACAGCUCCCCUGGCAACGUGCGGUGUCUCAGAAUAAGGUCCCGUAUUACAUCAAUCACCAGACGCAGACGACCUGCUGGGACCACCCAAAGAUGACAGAGCUCUACCAGUCACUAGCGGACCUGAACAACGUGCGAUUCUCAGCGUACCGGACAGCCAUGAAGAUCCGCAGACUACAGAAAGCGCUGUGCCUGGACUUGUUGGACCUCAGCGUGGCCCAGAGCACCUUCGAUCAGCACAAACUCACAAACAACAACCAGCUGCUGUCGGUCCCCGACGUCAUCAACUGCCUGACGUCCAUCUACGACGGCCUGGAACAGGAGCACAAGGACCUGGUUAACGUGCCGCUCUGCGUUGACAUGUGUCUCAACUGGCUGCUCAACGUCUACGACACUGGCCGCAGUGGGAAGAUCCGCGUCCUGUCCAUGAAGAUCGGUUUGCUGUCGCUGUGCAAGGGACACCUGGAGGAGAAAUAUAAAUACCUCUUCAGCCAGGUUGCUUCGCCGGGCGACACGUGCGACCAGCGGCAGCUGGGUCUGCUGCUUCACGAAGCCAUCCAGGUCCCGAGGCAGCUGGGCGAAGUGGCCGCGUUUGGCGGCUCCAACAUCGAACCCAGUGUCCGCAGCUGCUUCCAGAGCGUUACUAAUAAGGUGGAGCUGGAGCCCAGGCAGUUUGUCGAUUGGAUGCGUCUGGAGCCCCAGUCCAUGGUCUGGCUUCCCGUUCUGCACAGAGUGGCCGCCGCCGAGACUGCGAAACACCAGGCCAAGUGUAACAUCUGCAAGGAGUGUCCCAUUGUUGGCUUCAGGUAUCGCAGUUUGAAGCAUUUCAACUAUGACGUGUGUCAGAGCUGCUUCUUCUCUGGGCGCACCGCCAAGGGGCACAAGCUCAACUACCCCAUGGUGGAGUACUGCACGCCGACAACAUCAGGUGAGGACAUGCGGGAUUUCACCAAAGUGCUGAAGAACAAAUUCCGCUCCAAGAAGUACUUCGCCAAGCACCCUCGACUCGGCUAUUUACCGGUGCAGACCGUUUUAGAGGGCGACAACAUGGAAACCCCUGUCACCCUCAUCAGCAUGUGUCCGGAGCAGUAUGAGCUGUCCCAGUCACCUCAGCUCUCUCAUGAUGACACCCAUUCCAGGAUAGAGCAGUAUGCCAGCAGGUUGGCCCAGAUGGAGCGCUCCAACGGCUCCCUGCCCACAGACAGCAGCUCAGCGACGGGAAGCAUGGACGAUGAGCAUGCCCUGAUCCUGCAGUACUGUCAGACGCUGGGAGGGGAGAGCUCCCCCUGCAGCCAGCCCCAGAGUCCUGCCCAGAUCCUACAGGCUGUGGAGAGGGAGGAGCGCGGCGAGCUGGAGCGCAUCAUUGCCCGUCUGGAGGAGGAACAGAGGAGCCUUCAGAAGGAGUACGAGCAGCUAAAGGAGCAGCACGGCCAGCGAGGGGCACCCGCCGGCGGCCCCUGGGAGCCCGAGGGCCCCCAUCCCGACGAGGCCGACCUCCUGGCCGAAGCCAAGCUGCUGCGCCAGCACAAGGGCCGGCUGGAGGCGCGGAUGCACAUCCUGGAGGAACACAACAAGCAGCUGGAGUCCCAGCUCCACCGCCUCCGGCAGCUCCUGCACCAGCCCGAUGUGGACUCGAGGGUGAAUGGAGUGUCCUCGCCCGCGGCGCAAGAUCGAGGGCCACUUAGUGAAAACGCAGACGAGCUGCUGGACCCCCACAACAGCAGCUCUGACCUGGCAGAUGUAAUGGAGCAGAUUAACAACUCCUUCCCCGCAUGCACCCCGAGCCUCUCCUCCAGACCACAGGUGAUGUGAAGACAGUCGCAGCGGAGCGUUGAAGGCGACGACACCGUUCCCAAACAAAACAAGCGCCCGGACUUUGAAACCCAAAGACGCACAGGACCAGACGACUACUCUUUCCACAUUGUCUUGUACUAUGCAAACUGUACAUUUUAUGAUCUGUAGAUUGUAUCUAACUCUGUUCAACAUUUGUCCGUGAUUUGUUUAGACAUGCAGACGAGUAUAUGUGAACACGGGGCCUCAUAUAGUGAGACUUUUGUUAUCAGAGGGUGAUUGGGGAUUGGUGUUUUGUUCCGUUCUGUUGUCACUGGGAACCAAACUGUUGUGUGUUGUCAUCCCACUGCUUUGUACUGUACCUUCAGCCCUCGGUUACGGCACAUUUGAAUCCGCGUUUGGGAGCUCGCACACACUUCCCGAGUAACAGCGAAACCGCCGACUGUCACUUCACAAAGCGUCUGAUCCGUUGUGAAGCCUCGUCUCGUCGCAUGCUUGAUGUCACGUCCCCCUUUAAAGCAUUGGCGCCGGCAGACUUCGUGUAAACCUGAUUGGUUGAUAUAAACUUCACCCCUCCUGUGCCUAAACUGUUUGUCGUCCCGCUAGAGGAAGACAAUGACGGACGUGGGACUGUGUAUAAAGAGAACGUUUUGGUGAAAGUAGAUUUAAUCUGAAGCUGGUCUGAAUCUGGAUUUGGAAGAGGCCCACUCAUUAUGUAGAAUUGUUUUUUAAAAAGCUAUAUGUUGAGAAAUCAGAGGAAAGCCAUGAUUGCCUUGCUACCUCAGACUCAGACACGCGUUAGUUUCUCGUGGUUCGUGAACUUGUUCCGAGUGGUCGUGAUCAUUGACAGCCUGGUUUAGCAUCCCGAGCUUCAGCUUACUGUAUUAGUGUACACUGCGACGAGGCUCCUACUGUCCCACGACGCGGCGUCAGAGCGGCCGGUCGGGUCCUCCCACCUCCAGCGCCGGCCCCUCACGCGCCGCGCCCUCGUGCUAUUCGCUAUCCUGUAAAACUUGUGAGACAGAGCAACACUACUAUAACCUCCACUGACUGUAGACGGGUGAUGGUGAUGAUGAUGCUCACACUGACCUGCACCAUGACAGAACUGUGUCACUCCUCCUGAGGUAUGUAAAAUAGUUCGACCACACUACAUGUCAUAUGGCUAUGUUGUUUUAUUCUAAAUAAAAUUUUUAUAACAAG